AUGCCCAUGAUUCAGGAUGAUGGCUUCGAGGCCCUUUUGGAGCCUUUCUACAAUGGCAAGAAGCUAACAGAUCCUAUCUCUACCAAGGAGGACAAGUACCAGCUCCUACCCGCAUUCCUCAAAGUCAAGGGUCUCAUCAAGCAGCACAUCGACUCCUACAAUUACUUCGUCGAGCAAGAUAUCAAGGAAAUCGUCAAGGCAAACCGCAUCAUUCGUAGCGAUGUCGACAGCGGCUUCUACCUCGAAUUUCUCGACAUCCGAGUCGAAAAGCCCACCAGGGCAGACCAGGCCUCGUCCUACAAGGCCAAGAGCCAUGUUACGCCUAUGGAGUGCCGGCUGCGAGACAUGACCUAUGCGGCUCCGAUUGUUAUGGACAUCGCAUACAUUCGGGAUAGGAAGAAGAUCAUUCGCCGAAACGUACUCCUCGGUCGCAUGCCCAUCAUGCUCAAGAGCUCGAAAUGUGUGUUGGCCGGUGCACCGAACUCCCAGAUGGAGCUCAUGAACGAGUGUCCUCUGGACCCUGGCGGCUACUUCAUCAUAGGAGGAACGGAGAAGGUCAUCUUGAUUCAAGAACAGCUGAGCAAGAACCGAGUGAUCGUAGAGGCAGACGAAAAGAAGGAGACCAUACAAGCUUCCGUCACAAGCUCCACACACGAGAGGAAGUCGAAGACAUAUGUGAUCCUUAAGAAGGACCGCAUCCUCCUCCGGCAUAACAUCAUCGUCGAAGACAUUCCCAUCGCCAUUGUCCUGAAGGCCUUGGGCGGUCUCUCAGACUACGAGAUCAUGCAGCUGGUAGCCGGUCCAGACGGCCGCUAUCAGGAUGACUUCUCCCUCAAUUUCGACGAGGCGACCAAGGUCGGUGUAUUCACACAACAACAAGCCCUCGAGUAUAUCGGCACCCGAGUCAAGAUGGGAUCCAAGGCGAAGCCACAAUUCGGCGCUGCCCCUCGCCGCAACAACAUCGAGGAGGGUCUUGACGCACUUGCCAACAUUGUGCUUGCCCACGUGCCCAUAGAAGGGCUCGAUUUCUACCCAAAGGCCGUCUACGUGGCCAUGAUGGUGCGAAGAGUGCUCAUGGCCUCGCACGAUCCCAAGUUGGUCGAUGAUCGCGACUUUGUUGGUAACAAGCGCCUCGAGUUGGCGGGGCAGAUGCUAUCACUUCUCUUUGAGGAUCUCUUCAAGCAAUUUCAGGGGAAUCUAAAGAACCUGAUAGAUAAAGUGUUUAAGAAGCCCACUAAGGCCGUGGCGUUCGAUCCUCUUACCCACAUUAGCUCGUCAGGAAACUACAUCACGCAAGGCAUGAACCGAGCGAUCCAGUCCGGUAACUGGACUGUGAAGCGGUUCAACAUGAGCCGAGCUGGCGUUACGCACGUGCUGAGCCGCCUCAGUUAUAUCGCAGCUCUCGGAAUGAUGACGAGAAUCACCAGUCAGUUCGAGAAGACACGGAAGGUAUCUGGACCCCGAGCCUUGCAGCCGUCGCAAUGGGGCAUGUUGUGCACCUCAGAUACUCCCGAAGGCGAGGCCUGUGGUUUGGUCAAGAACUUGGCCUUGAUGACUCACAUCACCGUGGAAUCUGGAGAGGAGCCCGUCAAGAAAUUCAUCCUCACCAUGGACUCCGAAGUGGAACCGAUCCGCAACUUUUCUGGAUCCGAGAUACAUCAACCAGGGACAUAUAUCAUCGCUGUCAAUGGAACUCCAUACGCCCUCACUAGCCAUCCCAAGCGAUUUGCCGCCAGGUUCAGGACCAUGCGGCGCCGCGGCUUUAUAGACCCCUUUGUCAGCCUAAACGUAAACUUCCACUUCAAGACGAUCUUCAUCGCUACCGACGAAGGGAGAGUCUGUCGUCCAUACAUCAUCGUCCAGAACGGUGCCUCCACGUUGCAGCCCCACCACCUCAGGCUCUUACAGAAGGGCGAGGUUGGCUUCGACGAUUUUCUUCGCAACGGUAUCGUCGAGUAUCUUGACGUCAACGAAGAGAACGAUACUCUCAUUGCUCUGUACGAAUCGGACAUUACGCAGAGCACAACUCACAUUGAGAUCGAACCUUUCACUAUCCUUGGAGCUGUUGCUGGCCUCAUCCCGUUUCCUCAUCACAAUCAAUCUCCUCGAAACACGUAUCAGUGUGCUAUGGGUAAACAAGCCAUUGGUGCUAUUGCCUAUAACCAGUUCAACCGGAUCGACACUCUUCUCUACACAUUGGUGUACCCACAACGGCCGAUGGUCAUAAGCAAGACGAUCGAAUUGACAAGCUACGACAAGCUACCGGCCGGUCACAAUGCAACUGUUGUCGUCAUGUCCUACUCGGGCUACGAUAUCGAAGAUGCGCUGGUUCUGAACAAGGCAUCCUGCGAUCGAGGAUUCGGGCGAUGCCAGGUUUUCCGCAAAUAUACUGCAGAGAUGCAGAGGUUUACCAACGGCCGUUCAGAACGAGUGGGUCAGCCAGAAAGCGACCCAGUGACUAAACAGAAGAUUGCGAAGCAUGAGGUUUUGGAUCCUGAUGGUCUCGCGAGGGUCGGCUGGCAAGUGCAUAGUGGCGAGACGAUGAUCAAAAAGGAGACGCCGCUCGACACUGGACAAAACACCAUCCCAGGUGACAGAGGAACCAAUGACUUCCGCGACACCUCCAUCUCUUACCGCAUUCCAGACCCGGCGUACAUCGACAAGGUGCUUGUCACGCAGACGGAAAAGGAGACGGUCCUCGUCAAGGUCCAAACGCGACAGACUCGGCGUCCCGAGCUCGGUGACAAGUUCUCGUCUCGACACGGACAAAAGGGUGUCGUUGGCAUUAUAGUUGAUCAGGAGGAUCUACCCUUCAGUGAUAAAGGUCUGGUUCCCGAUAUUAUUAUGAACCCUCACGGUUUCCCCUCCCGAAUGACAGUCGGCAAACUGCUUGAGUGUCUGACCGGCAAGGCCUCCGUCGUUCACGGACGCAAGCAGUAUGGCUACGGUGACGCCUUCCGCUCCCACCCCGUCGAGGAAGUCAGUAAAGUCCUCGUCGAUUACGGCUUUUCGUGGGAAGGCAAAGACUACUUCACCUCCGGCAUCACGGGUGAGCCCCUCGAGGCGUACAUCUUCAACGGGCCUAUCUUCUACCAGCGUCUCAAGCACAUGGUGCAGGACAAGAUGCACUCUCGAGCCCGCGGCCCGCGCGCCAUCCUCACGAGACAGCCCACCGAGGGCCGUUCGCGCGAUGGUGGUCUGCGUCUGGGAGAAAUGGAACGUGAUUGUCUGAUUGCCUAUGGCGCAUCGCAGCUCCUCCUCGAACGGCUGAUGCACAGCUCCGACGGCACGAGUAUCGACAUCUGCCAACGGUGCGGUCUGUUUGGGUACAAGGGGUACUGCCAGACCUGCAAGAGCACCAGAGAGGUUACGCAAAUGACCAUGCCAUAUGCUGCGAAGCUAUUAGUGCAGGAGCUGAUUUCGAUGAACGUUGGUGUGCGGUUACAAAUGGAGGACGAGUUCCCUCACCCCAGGUGAUGGAGAGGUGUUCUAUUAGUUUGGGACCUUGAGACGAACACCAUUCCCACGGCUUCCUCUAGCAGAAGAUGAGAGACAAAAGAGAAAAAGAAAAAAAGAAACAAUGUCCUCUUGCACAGCGACACGGCGUCUGGAAGCUUACAUGGGCCAAAAAAACAAAAUCAAAAGAAUCAUUAGCCAGGUAGACAGGACUAUUAGGCUUGGCAGCAGCAAUUUCGAUAGAGAGAAUUGAUACUUCUACCUACUG